AUGGCGCCGAUGGAAGCACCCGAACCAAGGAACACCCAAACACCGUUUGCCUCGGCUUCCUCGUCCACUCUGGACGAAACCGCAGGGAUGGAGAAGCCAGCAGUGCCCCUCGAGGCAGGGUCCGACAUGCUGUCGCUCAAGGAACUCGACAGAGACGAACAGACCGUUGCUCCAGAACAUGCAUCUCCAGCUCUUGAGCCUCGCAAUGACCUGGUCGACUUUGAUGGCCCAGACGAUCCAGAAAACCCCAAGAAUUGGUCAAAUGCAAAACGUUGGGGGAUUACCGUUUCUAUGGGUCUUAUGACCUUUGUGGUCACCUUUGCAAGCUCGAUCUAUUCUGUUGCUAUUCGUCCUGUUGCCGAAGAAUACCACAUAGGCGAAGUCCCGUCGACUCUUGGAGUGUCACUCUUCCUUCUUGGAUUUGUGUUCGGCCCUAUCCUCUUUGGACCGGCAUCGGAGGUUUUUGGGCGCCGCGUACCUCUCUUUGCGGGAUAUCUCGUCUUCGCAAUCUUUCAAAUCCCAGUGGCCGUUGCUCAAAACGUGGAAACAAUCAUGCUCGGUCGCUUCUUCGGAGGAUUCGCCGCUGCAGCGCCAUUGGCCGUCGUUGGAGGUUCCAUGGCUGAUAUCUGGGGACCCAUCGAAAGGGCAUAUGGGAUUUGCGUGUUUGCAGCCUCCGCCUUCACAGGACCCGUUGCAGGCCCCAUCAUUGGCGGCUUUGUCACCCAGUCUUAUCUUGGCUGGCGAUGGACCGCUUGGAUCACCUUGAUCAUGACCGCACUCUUUGGAUGUAUCGGCUUGGUCCUGAUACCCGAGACCUCCGCGGCGAGGAUUCUACAAAUGAAAGCCAAGCGACUGCGAUACGAAACGCAAAACUGGGCACUACAUGCCAAAGCGGAUGAGAGUCGAAUCAAUUUCAAGACUCUGAGUACUAUAUACCUUGUUCGACCGUUCGUCAUGUUUGUCCAGGAACCGAUCCUGUCCCUCAUGACCGCCUAUAUGAGUUUCAUCUACGGCAUCUUGUAUCUUCUCUUCGAGGCCUAUCCCAUCUCUUUCCAGGAACAACGAGGCUGGAAUCCUGGAGUUGGAUCUCUCCCCUUUGCCGCGUUCAUUGUCGGCAUUGCGAUGGGGACCGGCAUGAUCGCCUACUCCACAAGGACCAACUUCACAAGAGCCUUUAAGAAACACGGAAAGGUGAUUCCCGAAGAGAGACUGCCGCCAAUGAUUGUCGGAGCCGCCGUCCUUCCGAUCGGUCUCUUCCUAUUUGCUUGGACAUCCGAUCCACAUAUCACAUGGGUCCCACAAGUCCUCGCCACGGCGCUCCUGGGCAUGGGAUGCCUGUCGACUUUCUGGCAGGGCACAAACUUCAUCAUUGACUGCUACGGGUUCUAUUCCAACAGUGCCAUCGCCGUCAACACUUUUGUCCGGUCUAUAGCUGGCGCGGGCUUCCCUCUGUUCGCCCCAGCCAUGUACCACAAUCUGGGUGUGGCAUGGGCAACUUCGCUGCUGGCAUUUCUUUGCGUGGUUUUCUUCCCGGUGCCGGUCCUCUUCUAUAUAUACGGGGCCAAGAUCAGGGCAAGAUCAAGGUUUAGGCCAGUCAGCUGA